UUUAAAAAACAUAUCAUCUUAUUUCUCACUUAGGCAACCCCUCGCAUUUUGAUACGGCUGUUUUUACCACCAGCAUAGGAUCGUUACGAGAUCUGCAUAAGUUGUGCGUAGCCUUUGCCGUAGGAGGUCAUGAAAUUCUGGCCCUUCCAUCAAUGAUUCGAGAGACAUACUUUAAGUCUUUGAGCCACUUCGAAUUAAGCACCGGCUCCCAGGCUCUCAUAUCGUGCUUACCUCUAAUGGAAGCUAUCGGAUCCAGCCCACUGAGAACACUAUGCUUCUGGUUCCGAUAUGCUUUCUCCGUCCUCUCCAUCCACAGGCUCUUUCAGACCAUAAACUCAAACACACCAUGGCUUAUCUCCCUCCAAGCGCUCACUCUCUCAACCUUCGAAAUCGCCAUAAGUAUCCCCCUCUCCACAUUCGAGCUACUAUUCAACUUUCACGAGCUCAGAACUGUGCGCCUAAGCGAUCUGAGUAUCACCUUGAACAACGAGUUUAUAGGUAGGAUAGUUGAUGCAAGGCUGGAAGAGUUUGAGCUGGACGGGUCAGGUCUUUAUGAUAUCUCUUUGGACUGCCUCGAAGAGUUCGCUACGCGAUGCCCCAACUUGUCGUUCUUGCAAUUGAGCGUCAACGCAACCGACGUUCCCCCAAUCCGGCCCUCACCUCCACGCCAUUGUACGGCGGGGCUAACGAUGCGCUUGGUGAUCUUAUCAGAGUCGAUGAUUACGAACUCCGGGGGCGUCGCAUCCUAUUUGCUAUCUCUCUUCCCAGAGCUCACUGUGUCGUAUGUAGGGAGCGGAUGGGAUGAACAUAUCAAGCGUUGGGGUGAAGUUGUUAGAAUCGUGUCUUUAGCUAGAAGCAAGACCGACUGUCCCUCAUGACUUCUUGAGCGUUCAGUGGUGAAUUGCGGGGGACAAUGUGCGGUAGGGAUAACGCACUUGGUACACUGUUGAUACAGCUUGGGGCUUCUUGGUCUGUAUACUGCUAUCGCGACGUUGGAGGUGUUUUUAGUCGCGAUAAACGGAUAUUACGGACAAUUCUCAUUUCAUGCGGGCUCUGAAUAAAGACGUUGAUGCGUCUGACCGUGAUGUUACUCACUUAUGUACUUGUACUGCCCUGUAAAACCAGUGAAAGGAAUGAAAUUUCUUCAUGAUUGAAGAGUUUGGUCGUAUGCCAUCAUGCG